AUGUCUGUUUGGGAAGAGUUGAAAACAGAAGAUGGCCAAAGAUACUACUAUAACAAAGAGACUGAAGAAACAAGCUGGACCUUGCCGGAGGGCGAAGUAGCCAGUGUUACCCAACCUGGUUGGCAGGAGUACACUACUGAUGAUGGGGAAACGUAUUACUACAAUGAAUCAACAGGAGAAACCACAUGGGAUAAGCCCGAUGAGUUAGUCGAUACUGGGUCAUUUCAAGAAAAGGAAGAGGAAGAAGAGGAUGAGAUUGACCAGAAUUUAAAGCUCCAACCAGUAGAACCGCCGACCAGCAUGACUUUACCAACCAACUCAGCAGAGGAAGAUGAGCUGGCCUUCCUCAAGUUAUUACAUGAUAACGAUGUCGAUUCAACUUGGUCCUUUCAAACAGUUAUGCAAAAGUUGGUAAAUAAACCCGAGUAUUGGACUGUUUCAAGUCCAGUAAAGAGAAAGGCGGUAUACGAAGGGUAUCUUGUUAAGAGAUUUGAGGAUGAAAUCAAAAGUGAAACCAAUGUCAUUGAACAAUUCAAGACUAACUUUAUUAAAGAGUUGGAGAGAUUGAUAGAUGCAAAGAAAAUAGACUAUAGAACCAGAUGGAUAAGUCUACGAAAGAGGCUUGUUCAAGAGGAUAACCCCAUCUUUAAGCAUUCAAUGUUGUCCGAUAUUGACAUGGCCAAGAUGUUUUACAAGUACACAACAGAAUUAAAACGACAGCAUGAUCUUGAAGUUACACAACAAAAGAAACAAGCAAUCGAUGAGCUUAAAAACUAUCUUCAUCUGAUCAACAAUAGCUUAGUCCAAAAAGCAUCCAAUUUUCAGGAACUUUAUGAUCAUUUAAUAGAGGACCCUCGUUUCAAACAAAACAAGCAUUUCAAAUCCUUGACUCAAUUGGACGUGCUAAAGCUAUAUGAAUCAAAAUUGUACCCUGAUUUGAUAGAUCAGCUCAAGGAACAAGUCAAAAGCCAGCAAAAAGUGAAUUACCGAAACGACCGCAAAGCACGUCAAAAAUACCGUACGCUAUUAGACACACUAAGAUUGGAUGCAAAAACAAAAUUUAGCGAUAUUUUUGAUCUCAUAGAAAACGAAGAUGCAUUUAUUGAAUUAUGUGGCCGGAACGGGUCCUCGCCAUUGGAAUUGUUCUGGGACGUUAUUGAUGAAAAAAAACAGUUGAUGAAACUACGAAAGGAUUUAGUCGAUACAGUAGUAAACGAUUUGAUGAAAAAAGGUGAGCUAGGCCAGGGUAUUUGGGCAUCGAAAAACUCAUUUAUAGAGAAGCUUAAAAAAGUGAAGGAUGACAGGCUAUCACAGUUUAAUUUGGACCUGGAUGAUAACAACAAUGAAGUAUUUGAAAUAUAUCAAAUAUUGAAAGAUGAACAUGAAAUGAAGGAAAGAAUCACCAAGAAGAGGGGCAUCUCGGAAGUUAACCUAAGUGCAGAUGCUUCCAACAAGAAGGCGAAGAAACAAUCGCAAUCAUUAAAGCCAUACUUGACAGCAGUCAGGUCCUCACUAACUGCCGCCAUAUGUUUACAAGACUUUUCAUCCCAAUUAGUGGAACGUCACAACAGACCUGAGGUAGAAGUCACCCGCGUACACGAUGCUGAGCUUAUUCUCAACCCCAUGCAUAUAGCACGUAAUGAAAAUGAAAAGAUUUUAAUUGAACCCAGUAUAAAUUCAGUUAGAGUAUCAAUUAAAAUAAAACAGGCUGAUGAAAUUGAACAGAUUCUAGUCCAUAAGUUUACUCGAUUUUUGACUUCAAGAGCAGAAAACUUUUUCAUUUUGAGAAGAGUGCCAAUCAAGGGUUACGAUAUCAGUUUUUUGAUCACAAAUUUCCAUACAGAACAAAUGCUAAAGGAUAAAUUGGUUGAUUUUAUAAUUGAGUUUAUGGAGGAUGUCGAUAAGGAGAUUAGUGAGAUGAAGUUGUUUUUAAACGCAAGGGCUAGAGUUGUUGCUGAAUCCUUUUUAAUACCUUUCGAUUAG